UGUUCAUCUAAUGGUGCGAAAAGAUAAAAUAACUUUGCUCUUGACAGCACAGGAGUACACCAGAAUUCUCGAACUCAAAUAUAUGAUUGGCGCCAUUUUGAAGGAACUGCCGUCGAAUAUGCAGUUAUACAACACAGAAAGAGAUCUCUUGGAGGAUGCCAAUCUCUUGAGGGACUAUGAUAUAACGUCAAAGACAGCACUGCCUCAUAAUCCUGCCCAAUUCAUUGUGGUGGUCAAGAACGCGGAGGGCUUCUUUGGAUCAUUCGAUAUCAUGCCAUACUCAACACCCGAGCCAUUGCCUCCUGAACCAGACUCUAGCGGCGAUGAGAGCUUGCCAAAUGAAAUGAGUCUAAUGUAAGAUUGAUGGCUGAUGGAUGAGGAAGAUCGUAUUUCAAUGGAUUGGGGUCUGGCCCGCGAUACAUACUAUACUUUAUUUAUUUUAUUUAAUGCAGCCUUUGCUGCAGAUUUUUUUAUAUGCCUGAUCGCAGUGAGACUUCAAGUUCGCUCUACUAAAUGUCUUGAGAUUAAAAUUUUAGAUGUAUAGUCGGGGAGUCGACUAAACGAAAAACUAAACAAAUGUUAAAAUUAAAUAUUUGAAAUAAAUAUUAUAAAUAUUCCUGUGAGCAACAAGUGCCAUAGUUGCUAAUAAUUGUGAUUGAAUGAAAUGUCUUUAGUUUAAAGUUUUAAAUGGAUAGUCGGCUUCUCAUGAACUAAUA